CAUUUCUUCCCAGUAUUUACAUAAGUAAUUACUUUCGAAUUAUGUUUCGAUACUUGAUUCAAUUGGGGGACAUGGACAGAUAAAGGUUUGGACACAUCGCUGGAUGCAGGUACUUACAGGGCGUGGAAACAUUGACAUCGAUGUGGCUGUUCCUUCAGGAUAGCCCUCAAUGGGAUGUCCCUAAACAAAGUGCUCGCUUUAUUCCCAAAAGUGCAAGAAAAACAAAGAAAAUUCAUACUUCUCAUCCAACUCCGAGCUCAUUAAAUCUGGCUCGUGACUCAUGCUGUAGAUAUAGUGUGAACUCUACUUAUUUGAUUUCACAAGGAGUACAAAACCUGCACAGUUCAAUGAUCUGGAAGUUGACAUGGAAAAGUCUCACAGAUGAAGUGAUUAAAUGUUUCUUUGGAGAAGGGCUUCUGUCCUGGAAAUCGAUCAAGGUCAGCUCGACAUUGUUGGGCUUCGUUCUGAUUGGAAGAGCCACCUUCGUUUUUCCCCUAUUAUUCUUAUCCAACUUGGUUAGGAAGUCUAAGUACGAAAAGAUUGAUUUGGAGCAGCAGGUCACAAUUUGGUGGGCCGAGCUUAUGCAUGGCGCUGUCUCCAUGGCACUCGCUUAUCACCAGUUUACUCAGUCCGACACGAAAUUGAAAGGCAAUGUGUUUAUGAUCGCAAGAACCAUCACGGUCAUUCUGUUUAGCCCUGUGUUGGGGCCGUUGACUAAGCCUCUAGUGUAAAUCUUGCUUCCCACGACCAAAUACUUUGCCAGCACGAAACCUUCCAAGCCAUCAAGUCCAAAAUCCUUCACUCAGCCACUGCUCAGUAACGGACUCAACUUGGAGUCUCACCAGAACGGCAAAAGCAUACUCCGACUGACCAGUUUGUGCAAGCUCCUGAGCACGCAUUCUCACGCAGUGCACCAUUACUGGCGAAAAUUUGAUGAUG